AUUUCCAUUCUUCUAAUUGAUCUCGGAAAAUUAAGUUCCGUCGGUCGAUUGAUUAGUUCACCUCAACAAUUCCAGGUAUCCGAAGCUGGAAAAUUUAGGUUCACGUACGGUUGGCUGAUGAUUCAUAACAUUUCCAUCAGAGAAGAUGACAUCAAAACUCUUUUCACUGGAUUGAAAUUGAGGGCGGAUAUGAAUGUAAAGUUUGCUGUACCUACACUCCAAGAAGAUGAAUAUGAAGUUUUUGAAGUAUACAAACUUGGUAUUGGCAUUAAUGUCACUGUAAGAAAAGUUUGUAUAUUCAGGAAUGGAACGUUUGAGCAUAUCGGUAAGAAGUUGUCAUUAUAUGAAUCCAGGAAGGACAUGUCAGGGGUGCUGUUAAGAAAUGGUAAUAAGGUAAACUAUUCUUUCGAAACUGAAGAGGACUAUGAACAAGCAAGGCGUUAUAGAGAAAUUCAAACGUUCGGAAAAUUUCAUUUUCAAUUGUUCCUGUUCCUGAAACAGAUUCAUAAUUUUCAUUAUAACACUACCCUACGGGAUGCAUGGUUCGGAAAUAGUUCUAGUGGAAUUGAUAGUGGAUUGGCGAGUCUAAUAAAUCGAAAGGAAUUAGAUUUUAUGAGUUCUGGAGGGCUACUUCGAUGUGAGAGAAUCGAUUAUUACGAUUUCUUAGUACCUUAUUAUGAAUUCAGGACUUCUUUCUUCUUCAGGAACCCAGGAACUGUAAAACCUGGUGUAGAGGUUUUGAAACCGUUUUCUAUUAAAACUUGGUAUGCAACAAUAGGAGCUGGACUCUUGAUGGGUAUAGCUAUAAAAUUAUCUUACUGGGUUGAAUAUGAGUACCUUCAGACCAAUACAAGAUAUAGUCUCUUCACUUCAUUUGUUAUAACCAUAUCCAUAUUGGCACAGCAAGGAUCGGCCAUACUACCAAGUCAUUUAGGAGGCAGAAUAAUUUUUCUGAAUAUUCUCAUAAUAUCCAUGAUGCUCUACAAUUAUUACACCUCAAGUUUGGUCUCUUCUCUUUUGAGCUCAAAGCCAACAAUGCUAACAUCAAUCAAAGAACUGUACGAGAGUAAUCUGAGAGUUGCAAUAGAAAAUCAGCCUUAUACCAUAACAUACAUUAUUCAACAUAUCGACAACAUAUAUAUUGAAAAAUUGAACGAAACGAAAAUAUAUGAUUCUGGAAAACCGAAUCUUUUACCACCUGAGGAUGGUAUAGCCCUGGUUAAGGAAGGAAAAUUUGCGUACCACACGGAGGCUGCAACUGCAUAUCCCUUGAUAGCGAGAAGUUUUGACCAAAAUCAGAUAUGUGAUUUGACAGAAAUUAACUUCAUCACACCUGGUGUUAUUGGUCUCCUGGUGCAGAAACGAUCUGAGUAUUCAGAAAUCUUCAAGAUAAGGUAA